AGUCGUGACGGGUGACCAAAUUUUACAUGAAAGUUGGGAGAUAUCAGCCGCCAAUCCUUACAAAUAACACUAUAGGAUUCGUGGUGUGUACGCAGCGUCUGCUGUAUGAACCCUCGGAGAUAAUUUCCCCUGGUAGUAAUUUCGUUGGACUAGUGGUUCAAGAAUUCCCCAAUCAUCUCAGCGAAAAUCCCUCAACUUUUCCAAUUCUCAGCUGUUCGAACUUCAAUUGAGUAAUUGACUGAAGAAGAUGGGUUCUGGGAAGAGACAAAGGUGGUAGUAACGGUACUAGUAGCUUUAGGGUAUGGGCACUGACUCGGACUCGGACUCGAACGGGUGGAGCCGAGCUCGGGGACUGGUAUUGAAGACGCUGGUUUUGAUCGGAGGGGCCGUGUUGCUCAAGCGCCUCACCAAGUCCACCACUCGCUGGGACCAUACUCGUAUUGUAGCUCAAUCCCUCAGCGGCGUCAAGUGCUCUAAGGAGCAAGCAUCUAGAGACCCCGAUAACCACUUCAAUUUCAGAUGGCUUGCAUGCCCAGCUGCAGAUAUGGUGGAUGGUUCAAAGGUUCUAUAUUUUGAGCAAGCCUUUUGGAGGACUCCUCAUAAACCUUUUCGUCAGAGAUUUUUUAUGGUGAAGCCGUGUGCCAAGGAGAUGAAAUGUGAUGUUGAGGUAAGUACGUACGCCAUACGAGAUGCGGAAGAGUACAAGAACUUUUGUGAUCGCUCAAAGGACCAACGACCACCGCCGGAGGAAGUUAUUGGGGAUAUUGCAGAACAUUUGACAACAGUACAUCUUAAUCGCUGUGAACGUGGAAAGUCCUGCUUAUAUGAAGGUUCAACUCCACCAGAUGGAUUUCCAAAUUCCUGGAAUGGUGCAACACACUGCACCUCAGAACUUUCAGUUAUGAAGAAUAAUGAGAUACAUUCAUGGGAUAAGGGUUAUGAUGAUGAUGGAAACCAAGUUUGGGGAGUGAAAGGAGGUCCAUAUGAAUUCAAACCCGCACCUGCCUCAAGUUUUGUUGACAUGUUUUCUCCUUUGACUAUUCCUCCACUGUCCAUGGAGAUGGAGAAAAGAAUAGAGGGUUCAUUUGUUCUCCAAGAAUGAUACUAACAUUCUUAAUAUUUUCAUCAUAUGUAAAUCGAUCUCCAUUUUGAAUGUACAAAGCGUUUCUCGAUCAGUUAUGUAAUCAGUUUUCAUGAAUGUUGCGAACGACAUGUUACAAAAAGGUUAUAUAGGGUUCUAUUUCCGCUUA